AUUACUCGGCGAUCUGCGAGCCAACCUGCGGAGUUAGCCUGGUUAGCCGUUAGCUGGAUGCGCAGCAGCAGAGUGCCGUCUGGCAGCUAUUUAACCAUCGGACCGAUGUCUCAAAAAUCAACCUGGAUUUGUUUUACCUCGUUGGAGACGAACGUUGGCCGCUAAUCUUAACGGAGCCUGCCCAGCAGAGUGACCCGGAGACGCGGAUGUUUCUGUCUGACGGUUUAUUGUUCAGCGGCUAACCGAAGCUAGCCUGUUAGCAGCUAACCCGUUAGCAGCGGCUGUGAAGCCUGACCUCUGCAUGGCGACAACAGACUGACGGCAACAGGAGAGAGCAGCCAAUCAGCUGAGCCCCGCCCCGUAGCAACAUGGCGUCCCGUCAGAGGAACUCGGUCCGGAUCCUGUCGAGCCGGGAGCGGGGAUCCCAGACAUUCGGCUCGCAGCGGCUCCUGCAGCUGCUGGUGGAGGAGAAGGUCCGCUGGAUGAAAUGGCAGAGUCAGAAAGUGGAGCUUCCAGACAGCCCUCGAUCAACGUUCCUGCUGGCCUUCAGCCCGGACAGGUCUUUAAUGGCCUCCACACACGUCAACCAUAACAUCUACAUAACGGAGGUGAAGACUGGAAAGUGCCUCCAUUCCUUAGUGGGCCAUCGAAGAACCCCCUGGUGUGUGACCUUUCACCCCACUAUUGCUGGCUUGGUGGCCUCCGGGUGCCUUGAUGGGGAAGUCCGCAUUUGGGACCUGCAUGGCGGCAGUGAGAGCUGGUUUACGGAGAGCAACGUGGCCAUCGCCUCUCUGGCCUUCCACCCGACCGCCCAGCUCCUCCUCAUCGCCACCAACAAUGAGCUUCACUUCUGGGACUGGAGCCGCCCGGAGCCCUUCGCCGUGGUCAAGACGGGCAGCGACACAGAACGAGUGAGGUUGGUGAGAUUUGAUCCUCUGGGUCACAACCUGCUCACGGCGAUUGUGAAUCCGUCCAAUCAGCAGAAUGAGGAAGACUCUGAGGUCCCGAUGGACAGCGUGGAGAUGCCUCACUUCCGCCAGCGCUCCUUCCUGCCAUCCCAGCCGGUUCGCCGGACGCCAAUCCUCCACAACUUCCUGCACAUCUUGUCGUCUUCUCGCUCCCCGGGACCCAACGUCGGAGCCGAGCAGCAGCCGCCGCCUCCUCCGCCUCCGCGGUCCAUAAGCGGCAGCGGAGUCAGCGAAUCGCCCGGCGGUCCCAGUGGCCCCUCGCUCCCCGGCUGCACCCAGCACCUGGGCAUGGUGUGCGUCUGCACCCGCUGCUCCGUCAGCCGGAAGCGCUGCCUGCCCACCGGCGCCUCCACAUCGACACCGUCGGUUUCCACGGAGACGCCAACGCUCUCCACGGCCUCCACCUUCUCUUCGGCCCGCACAGAGCCGCGGCAGCCCUCGGAGCGGCCCUCCGCCUUCACCUCCGUCUAUUACAGCGCCGGCGCCUCCCUGAACCCCAUCAUGCCGAACAUCAUGGAGCCGCUGGGAUCAGCGCGGCCCGGCCCGGACUGGACCCGCAGCCUGCUCAACAUGCGGGACAGCGCGGCAGGCCCCGCCAUGCUUCCUCCCAGGACCUCCUCCUCUUCCUCCGUCAGCCUGCUGUCGGUGCUCCGCCAGCAGGAUGGCUCGUCCCAGUCACCGCUCUACACCUCCGCCUCCGAGGGGCGGGGCUUUGCCCAGCAGGGGGAGCCGGGGAGCCGGGACGGCGCCGGGACGAGCAGUGGCCACCACCCGUUCUGGGAUGGCGGCCGCGGCUCCUCGGCCUCCUUCCGGAACGUUCUGCAGUGCAACCUGAGCCGCUACUUCCUGGAGUUCGACCGCAUUGACAUCGACUCGUCGCUGGGCGGCAGCAUCGCCGAUGGCAACCAGGAGCCGAGCCAAGAGCUGCUGAACAACAACAUGGAUCCGGACAGGCCGGCCCAGUCCUCCUCUUCCUCGCCAACCAUCAUCCACUACCAGCCGCCAGCACCACCGCCCGCCUCCCACAGCCUGGAGAACAACGUGCCACCGCCACCGCCGACCUCCAGGGGUCACCACCUGAACCGCUGCCGGGCCUGCCACAACCUACUCACCUUCAACCAGGACUCCCAGCGCUGGGAGCGCACGCACCAGACUUCCUCCACCACCUCCUCCUCUUCCUCGCUGGAUCCUCCCUCCUCUUCCUCCUCCUUCCCCUCGCCUGCCGCCGCCUGGCAGCCGGAGGAGAGCAGGAGGACGCUGGAGACCCAGGAGAGGGAGAGGAGGGCGGCGCCAGAGACCAGCGAGCAGCCACCUCUUCCUCCAGGUGGAGGAGGAGCGGUGGCGUUUCCGCUGGCGCCGCCACCCAGUCAGACCACCGAACAGACAGUGGGCCUGGUCUACAACCAGGACACGGCGCAGUGGGAGAGGGUGUACCGGCAGGCCACCACCAGCCGGGCCGUUGAGCCGCCAGAGGCCUUAAGCCAAGAAAUGCCUGUUGACCCGCCGGAUGAGGAUUCCCUGAGGAGGCUUUCUCCUGCAGCCUACUAUGCUCAGAGGAUGAUCCAGUAUCUGUCCAGGAGGGACAGCAUCCGCCAGCGUUCCCUUCGGUACCAGCAGAACCACCGCAUGCGGACCAUGUCCACGUCCUCCGACAGCCCCACCCCCAACCCGUCCAGCGCCAUGGACAACAGCGACGUCGACUUCGAGGAGCUGGAUGAUAAUGGAGACCGAGCGAGACACCGGACACCACGGAAUGCCAGGAUGUCUGCUCCGUCGCUGGGGCGAUUUGUCCCGCGCCGCUUCCUCCUGCCGGAGUACCUGCCGUACGCCGGGAUCUUCCAUGAACGAGGACAGCCGGGUCUGGCUACACACUCGUCUGUCAACAGAGUUCUCGCUGGAGCCUCUAUUGGCGAAGGUCAGUCGGCGGUCGCCAGCAACAUCGCCAACACGACGUACCGCCUGCAGUGGUGGGACUUCACCAAGUUUGACCUCCCAGAGAUCAGUAACGCCUCGGUCAACGUUCUGGUGCCAAACUGUAAAAUCUACAAUGACGCCAGCUGCGACAUUUCCGCAGACGGUCAGCUGCUGGCGGUUUUCAUUCCCAGCAGUCAGCGGGGUUUUCCUGACGAGGGCAUUUUGGCCAUCUACUCUCUGGCGCCACACAACCUGGGAGAAAUGCUCUACACCAAGAGAUUUGGUCCCAACGCCAUCUCCGUCAGCCUGUCCCCUAUGGGAUGCUACGUCAUGGUGGGCCUGGCGUCCCGCAGAAUCCUGCUGCAUCCCUCCACCGACCACAUGGUGGCGCAGGUGUUCCGCCUGCAGCAGCCGCACGGUGGAGAGACAUCCAUGAGGAUGGUCUUUAACGUGGUUUACCCCAUGGCUCCGGACCAGAGACGCCACGUCAGCAUCAACUCGGCCCGGUGGCUGCCGGACCCGGCCAUGGGUCUGGCCUACGGCACCAACAAGGGAGACCUCGUGAUCUGCCGGCCCGUGUUCUACAGAAGCGACGGUGAGAGUCCUGCAGAGCCCAGCAGCGAACCGCUGUUCUCCGUCAACAACAGCGGAACCGGCCGGACCCGAGGUUUUGACAGACCAGGACCAAACCGCUCCGGCUGGAGGCUCGACAGAGACAUGGGGCUGAUGAACGCUAUCGGUCUGCAGCCCAGAAACCCCGCCCCCUCAGUGACAUCACAGGGAACGCAGACGCCGAUCGUCCAGCUGCAGAACGCCGAGACGCAGACGGAGAGAGAGCUGUCGGAGCCCGGCGCGUCCCAGCAGCCCCCCAGCGCUGAAGCUCCAUCUACGAGUCGAGCCGCUCAGGUUCCUCCAGAGACGGCCGAGAGCAGCGCCGUCCAAGAUGGAGUCCGGACUGAAGCGUCCGCCGAGUCGGGCGGUCCGGCAGCCGGUCCGGCCGAGUCCGCCGAGUUUGGUUCCGGAGAGGACGCCCUGGCUCGGAUCCGGCGGCUGAUCGCGGAGGGCGGCAUGACAGCGGUGGUGCAGCGGGAGCAGAGCACCACCAUGGCGUCCAUGGGCGGCUUUGGCAACAAUAUUAUUGUCAGCCACCGCAUCCACCGGGGCUCCCAGACGGGCCCAGGGGCCUCCAGGGCCCCCGCCGACCCACCCCUCCUCGUCCCCCAGCCCUUCCCGCUCCGCCCCCUACCGGCCGCCGACCGCCUCUCCCCCAUGUGGGGCCCCCAGGUGCUCCGAGGCCCCGCACCAUCAGGGCUCUCCGUAGCAGUGGACAUGGACGACGUCUUCGACGGCGGACGGAACGACGAUGACGACUCGCUGCCUGGACCUUCUGCCUCCUCCCUGCUGCUGUCCUCCCCUUCUUCCUCCUCCUCAUCCUCUCACAGCCCGUUGUCCGGCAACGGAGGCAGGCCCAACAGUUACCCCGGCGACCCGUACAGCAGGUAGUGCUCUGAUUGGCCGAGAGGAGCAGGUCCGGAGUGCUGCUCAAAGCCUUAACUCUCACAGAAACAGGUGCUGCUUUGACACUGAAGGCCCCUUCCUCACCCUGCCUCACUCCUCUUCCUCACUCGUCAUUAGUUUCCCACCGCACUUUUCAACCCAGGCUGAAGCUGAGCUGAACUGCUGUCAUUCCUCCUCGACUUCUCCGCUUCGAAGUGCCAUCUCUGAGGGGGUGAUGAAGAGGAGGAGGAAGAGGAGGCCGCUCACCUUCCUCACAGAUUGUCCGCAGCGCGCCGCGUUCGGCGCCGUGUGAUGUAGAGGCUUAAAGCAGAGACUGAAGUGUUCAGCACCGAGUUUUUGUUAUGUGAGACUCUUUGGUUUUUGGUUUGGGGGACGCCGUCCUGUGAGAGGACAGUGGGGGUCGGGAGGUGGGCGGGGUCAAAGGUUAUAGGUGGACAGUCCUGACUGCAGACUGAUUGGACAAGUGAGACUGAAUCUGCGGAUCAUGAAAAAAACCCCGUGUUUUUUGUUUUUAAAAGGAGAGCGACCGUUUUCCCACCGAUGGGGGAAACCACAGGACUGUUCAAGCCCCGCCCCCUAUCCUUCUUAAAACCCAGUUGCACUACGGUGUGUUUUGGUGCUACAUGAGCCUGAACAGAAGUGUGUGUGCGUGUGUGUGAUUUUAAUGAAUGACUUUUGAUUUCAUCCAUCAUGUCUGUUUGUUCACGGUUCUGUUCCAGAAUCCGGUCCGUCAUCUAGACCUCCAGGAGUUCUGGAAAACUUUGGAUCAGCGAAACCGAGUCAAAAUCUACGGCGGGAUAUCAAAGGCUAAUAAACAAAAUUUAAAUGAAAUUACAAGAAUAAAGUUGUAACAUUAUGAGAAUAAAGCUGUAGUGUAAUAACUUUAUUCUAGUAGGACCAGACUAGGUGGAAAAAAAGAGAAACUUCUUUACGCGAAAAGUCGCAGUAUUGUGAGAAAAAAGUUGUAAUAUUACUGAAAGUUGUAGAAGAAUAAAGCCGUAAUAUUACAAAAAUUAAGUCAGAAUAUUAUAAUGUACCAUGCGCACUACUAUAACUUAUUGUAAUAUUAAGGCUUAAUUCUCGCGCUACUACAGCUUUAUUUGUCGUAGUAGAGCGACUUUGGAGAACAGUCAUCAUAUUACAGUAGCUUAUUCUCGCAUUACGACUUUAUUCUCGCAUUACGACUUUAUUCUCGCAUUACGACUUUAUUCUCGCAUUACGACUUUAUUCUCGUGAUGCUUUGAAUUUAUUCUUGUAAUAUUACAAACUUUUUCUCACGUUCCAGGAUUAGUUUCAUAAUUUAAUUUUUUUCUUUUCUUAUCCUGGACCUGAUACUACGUCAUCAAUCUCAUCCAGAAUCCUAGCAGAACUUCAUCAGGAACAGAACAGCAGACCCGGUCCAGGAAGGUCUGUUUGAGGAGCAGAAAUGGACCAGAACUGCCUAACGGAUCCGGGUCGGAAACUCGACUUCUGUCUCCUUUUCCAAAAUGACUCCUAACAAAUCCUGUGUCUGCCAGAACCGGGUUCUGGUUCCGUACCGGGUUUGUUUUUGAGUCAGAACGUUCAAAGGCCCAAUCAGGUUUCUUUUUUCGCCCUUUGAACGCCGGCCAAUCAAAUCAUGGACUGACUUUGUUCCUGAUCAUGUGACUGAUCCAGUUGUUUCUGCAAAGCAGCGCUGAGUUCUCCUCUUCAGCAUCCGGUUCCGACCCAAUCAGAACUCUGCUGCAGGAAAUCUCUUCAUGAAGGCAUCUUCCAGCGGUUCUGAUGGACUCUGCACUUCAACAGGAUUACGACCAGAACUUCUCCUGAAUUGAUCCCACGGAGCCCACUGGUGUCGUCAGUGUGUUCAAACUCUGAACCUGGACUGGUGAAGUUCUGUUUCUGGUUCCGGUUUUAAUCGGAUCGGAGUACCAACCGAAGCUCUAAGCGUUUACCAGCUGAUCUGGAGUCAGAUUCAACAUAAGAAACUGGAGAAGUGCCCUCAAAGCAUCAUGGGAUUCGGAGUUCUGUUCGGUAAAAUUAAAGCAACUUGACUCCUCCAGACCUUCAUCUCCUCCUCCUCCUCUGCUGUCUGGAUCCAUGUGACGUUCGGUACCGAUCACCGUGGUAGUUACAUAUCUGUUACCAUGGCAACAGCAAAACCUCCUGAGCUGACUUGAUUGGUGAAUGCUUUAGACCCAGUUUCUCUGUGACGUGUGUGUGGUGUGUGUUCAGGUUGCGGAGGGAUGAGUGUAAACGCUGAACGGUACUGCUGUGUCAGGAUCCCACUGUGGAGUUCGGACGGCUCCGACCCGACUCUUUGACUUUUAGACGUGAUGUAAUUAAAGAGCUUUGAGAGUUUCUCUGUGAUGUGACGAAUGUUUGUGUCUUAUCCACACGAUUCAACACUAACAUAUUUCAUUCAUAAAAUACAAAAAUAAAUGAUAAAUAUGC